AUCGGUACGCUCGCGCUCAGUCAUCGAGCGGGCACUGCUGAGAGAAGUGAAGCAGAAAACGUGAACUUCAGUCGUUAUUUUGUGUUUUUAAACGUUAUGGGAUUAUUAUGUCUAACAUUUCACAUCAUCAUGGUCUAUAGAACAAAAGAAGAUGUUCUGAGGUCUAGGGAAACAUCUUGGUCCGCUGCUGCAUACAGGGUGAGGACCCGAGCUCACUGAUGUGAGGUGUAGAGCUUCUCUGAGUGUGCUCAGUCCACUCUUGAGCAUCAGGAUGAGUGGAACAGUGGAGCAGACUGAUAUCUUGGCUGUCGGGAGCAUGGUCCGGGAGCGAUGGAGAGUGUCAAAGAAGAUUGGUGGGGGUGGUUUUGGCGAGAUCUAUGAAGUCCUGGACCAGGUGAACCAGAUCAAUGUGGCUCUGAAAGUGGAGUCUGCCCAGCAACCCAAACAGGUCCUGAAGAUGGAAGUAGCAGUUUUGAAAAGACUUCAGGGUAAAGACCACAUUUGUCGUUUUGUUGGCUGUGGACGCAAUGACCGCUUCAACUAUGUGGUUAUGGAGCUUCAGGGAAGGAACUUGGCAGACCUUAGACGCAACAUGAGCCAUGGCACAUUCAGUGUCUCCACCACACUCAGGCUGGGCCGACAAAUCUUGGAAGCCAUCGAGAGCAUCCACUCUGUGGGCUUUCUGCAUAGAGACAUCAAACCCUCCAACUUUGCAAUGGGCCAACUUUCCAGUACGUGCCGAACCUGUUAUAUGCUUGAUUUUGGGUUGGCACGCCAGUUCACAAACUCAUGUCAAGAAGUCCGUCCACCACGACUAGUGGCAGGAUUCAGAGGGACCGUCCGUUAUGCCUCAAUUAAUGCUCACAAGAAUAAGGAAAUGAGUCGACAUGAUGACCUCUGGUCAUUAUUUUAUAUGCUUGUGGAGUUCAUGGUGGGUCAGCUACCCUGGAGGAAAAUCAAAGACAAAGAACAGGUCGGAAAUAUGAAGGAGACGUACAACCAUCGCCUCAUGCUCAAGCACCUCCCAAAUGAGUUUAACAUUUUCCUCGACCAUAUCUCCAAUCUGGACUACUACACUAAACCGGAUUAUCAGCUCCUGAUGUCAGUCUUUGACAACAGUAUGAAAAGCUGCAAUGUGGUGGAAAAUGACCUGUAUGACUGGGAGAGAACGGAUUCAGAGGACACGCUUAAUGUUGGAACCCUGACAACCACAGCCCAGCAGUUGACCCGCCUCACACCUGCAUAUUUGGGCAUGGCCAAUGCCUCUGUGAUCCCGGGUGAUCUGCAGCGUGAGAACACAGAGGACGUCCUUCAGGCUGAGCGCCUCAGCGAGGCUGAUAAUUGCACCCCCAUCCCAACACAGCCUGCGCAGGGUGCGGAUGUCUGGGAGGAUGUGGAGCGUAGUCGCGACCGAAACCUCAACCACGUUCAGCCGCUAAUCAGAAAGGUGGCUAGUGAGGAGGAGCGAAGCAAAGAGGGCAACCAGAGCCCCAACAGUGGCUCCAUCCAGGGCUCUCCCAGACGUGUGCGCUCAGAGACCUUGCUCAUCGACCGUGUGGCUCCUUUGCUGAGAAGGAUACGCCAUAGUCAGAGCAUGGGGCUAGACAAGAGACUGACUCCCGAACCCAAACCCACCAUUGAACGCUUCCUUGAGGCCUAUUUAGGCAAGCAGCGGCCAGGUGUGUCCCAAGACAGGUCUGUCUGUCGGGUCGAGCAGGGCUCUUUGGAGGACGAGGAGGGGGCAGCCAGUAGCGGUUACGUUGCCGUCAACCUCAGCCCCGUCCCUCAAGAGGGUGACUCACAGGAGUGGGUCCUAGUUGAGCUUGAAGGCGCUAGUGGUUCAGCUGGCUCUAAACCAGAUGAGGAGGAACGCUCAGGACUCUCGCCACGCUCCUCCAGCCCCCUCGCCCUCCCUCGCACCUGGUCCGACCCCUUGCCUCAGCGUGCUAGCAGCCUGGCCUCAGCAGAAUUCCACACCGGUGUCUGCCACACUGGACCUCCAUUCGCCAGACUUCCGGGUUUGUCUGGUGUAAUAGGCCUGUCUGGAUUAAGAAGACUUCCCACAAUACAGCCUGCGUCAAUGGUCCACCUCAGCAGGUCACAUCUUGAGCAGUCAUCCAGUGCAGUGCUACAGCCCAUUCAGCCUCAGCAGAAGACAGGAGACAACUCUCAGCCUGACAAUCCAUCAGGCCCUGCGGAAAAAGAGCACGACCACGUGUCAGCUAUUUCACCCUCUAAAAGCCCUAAGAAGCCAGAUGAAAACAUUAUCUCUGUCAAGGCCUCUGACAAGGAUGUGGAGAGUGACUCGGGCUGUCCUGACGGUGGGACUCCUUCAACCCCUAACCAGGGUGAGACAACUGCACACAGUGUUGAUGCAGCCCCGGCAUCACCUCGUGAACUCUCCCCCCGAACCAGUCGCAUCCCGGUCCGUGACCCGGACUCUCCGACUCGCAGGGGUUUUCCAGCUCCGCUUUCCCCAUCUCUGUCGCUGUCAUGUGAGCACUUCCCCUCAGCGUUGCUGCGUGACAAGUUCACCUUUCCCACCGGUUCUCGAGGGUCAGACUGGCAGGUGGAGGAGCCGCUCUCUCUGUCUUCCUCUUCUGGACCUCUGUCAGGCAAGAGUAAAAUACCAAGACCCAUAAGCCCCACACUAGGACCGGAUCAGCUGUCUGCUCGAUUUAUUCCUCGGCCGCCACCAGGCAAACCGCCCCUUCGCACAGGUGGCGAGAACAGACGCAGACGCUACCGCAUUCGCGCUAGCAGCACCGGUGACACGGACCUCUUGGACAACCUCUCUCAGCUCAUGCAUGAGCGAGGUGGGAUGGGCGUCAGCUCCAGUCGUUACCAGCGCACCACCACCUCCUCUCUGCAGCGCUCGCUAAGCUCCUCCCCUUCCCGUUUCGAGGGGGGUCACAGCCAGUCGCCAAGUAGCUGCUCAGCCUCCCCGCCUCCUCGAAUCAGUGACUUAAGAGUAAAUCACGGGUCAGGGUUCUGCACCAGAGUCAGAGCAGGAAGUCCUGAGAGCAAAACCACAACCAAAACGGGCAAAUAAAGUGAAAAGCUUGUAAUCGAUGGCGUGAGUUGUCAGUAAUUUGACAACCGGUUUCAAAAGUAGCUUUUAACAUCACAUGAUGAAGCCUGGUGAACUGUAGCCUUUUUACAAGUGAUGUUUUGAUAAGUAAAGUGAUAAACGACUGGAUAUUUGCCGGUUGGUUGUGACUACUUGAAAGCAUCAUGUUUUUGACAUUUUAGGAAAACAUGAAAUAUCAACAUGCUGAACUUUCCAGUGACGCUGUGUAACUUUGUCCUAAAAACUUGCCCAUUGCUUUUCAUCGCAAUUAUUUUUAUUUAUUUAUUUUACACUAUAUAGUUUGUGCCAUA